UCUUUUGAUUGAGGCUAUAUACAUGUGUAUAUGUGUGAUGAACUGGUCCUCGUAGUUAUUUCUUAUGUAUUUCUUAAAAUAGAAAGUGGACCUAACUCUGAAUGGUUAUACUUCUUGCGCAUGGCUACAAGAAAGUAGUCUCUCACAAUGUGAUGGCACAUAAUCGUAUCUAAUGGUGUCGUAUCUAAAGGACGAUGAUUGAUAAAUGCAAAGAUACUAUCUUACCGUGUCCGGCAGCCAAAUUAUGACAUAUUCAUAAGUGAACGACCAAUAAUGAUGACAAAUAAUAAUAAAAAAAGUUUUCUAUACGAGAAAUUAUUUUAUAAGUAAAUAUUAUAAAUAUCAUAAAUCUCGAGGACUAAUAAAUAUCACUCGGAAAUAUUAACAAGAGAUAUUGAUGAAAUGUCUUAUAUUUUAUCAAGAUAUAUCAAUUUACCGUUAUGUGAACGAAAUACACAAAAAAUUUUUAAUUCUAUAAAUUUAAAUAUUAGAAAAAGUUCAUUAUGGUGGAAGUGCCAAGAAUCAAGAAUAGGAUAUAAUCAGAAGAAUAGGAUAUUUUAUAAAAUAAAUAUGCCUUUAAAAUAUUAUACAUCAAACAAUGUACAACAAUUUGUUGAUUCGUUCAAAAAUGAAAGAAACGAAUUAAUGACCAUAUGGCCCGAUAUUGUUCGUGAAUUGACGGAAGAAGAUAAUGAAGAAUUAUCGGAUAUUAACAAAUGGACUACAGAAAUAUUGGAAUAUAAUGUUCCAAAAGGAGAAAAAUGGAGAUCAGUAUCGCUUAUAGUCGCAUAUAAAUUGCUGGCGUCUCAAGAUCAAUUAACGAAAGAAAAUAUUCGUUUAGCUCGUAUUUUAGCUUGGUGUAUAGAAAUAAUGCAUGCAGUUCACAUAGUGAUGAAUGAUAUUGUAGAUCAUGCAGACAUGCGACGAAAUCAACCAACCUGGCAUGUAAAAGUUGGAUUAGGUGCAAUUAAUGAUGCUUUAAUUAUGGAAACAUGUAUACAGAAGCUUCUUGAGAAACAUUUUAAAUUGAAAAAUUGUUAUGUAGAACUCAUGAAUAUAUUCUGGAAAUAUAAUAAAAAAACAGGGCAUGGUCAUCGUCUAGAUAUUUUUAUAUCAACAAAUUGGAGGAAGAAGGCGAAUUUUGAUCUUUUUUCAAUGGACCGAUACAAUACUUUAGUAAAAUAUAAAAUGUCUUGCUUAUCAUUCAUAUUUCCAUUCAGUCUUGCUAUGCGUUUCGCUGGCGUAAUCGAUUCAGAAAUGCAUAGAGAAGCAGAAAAAAUUUUGUUAAAAAUAGGUCAUUUUUACCAAGUACAAAAUGAUUUUUUGAAUUAUUACAGUAAAGAAGAAAUCGGAGGAAAAAGUGAAACUGACAUACAAGAAGGAAAAUGUACAUGGCCCAUUGUGAUUGCAUUGGAGCGAGCUACAGCCGAACAAAAAAGAAUUUUAAGAGAAUGUUAUGGAGUAGCUGAUGAAGAAAAAGUAAAACAUGUGAAAGAAAUUUAUGACAAAAUAGGUAUAUCGAAUAUCUAUUUUGAUUACGAAGAAGAAACGCAUAAUUUAUUGAAUACAUAUAUACAACAAUUAUCUUCGAAACUUCCAUCUGAAUAUUUUUUAUACUUACUCGCUACAUCAUGUAGUAAAGUAGGACGAAAACAUUAGUUGCGCAAGAUAUUCGAAAACACAUGGCAAAACAUCCGAUUACGGAGAUAUUCCUAAAAUAAUUUCAAGCAAUAUUUUUCUAUGCAAAAAUUUCUAUUAUUUUUUGUCAUUAACAUAUUAUUAACGAAAAAUAUUUAUCAAUUAAGUACGUAUUAUACAGAUAGUGUUGCUAUUUGUCGCCAUAUGAGAAAAAAUAAAUUGAAGCAACAUGUCAAAGAAAUUGUGUUACGUGUAACAAAUAUUUCAUAUCGAUAAAAAAUACAUAUUUAGAAUAAAAAAAAUAAAGAAUUAAAUAAAAAAUUAAUUAAAUUAUAGUUAUUAAAUAUAAUGUUUAAUCUUGGAUAAUAAUAAUGCAAAAAUAAUUAAAAAUUAAAACUAAUUAUUGUGUCCAUGUUUUAAAAUUGUUUUAAGUUAUGAAAUAUUUCAUAUGAUGCUUGCCUCAAUAUCUGUAUCAACAUAUUAUUGUAAUAAAAAAGAUUUGCAAUAAAAAAGGUUUUGAUAAAAAUUUA